AUGAGACGAAUACCGCGAAUGAAAGAUGGCUCGCUGCCAACAGUGGCGUGGAUGCUUCUGGGAAUGCAUGUUUGCGCGGAGCAAAGCGGAUGCUUCUCACCGGAGCUCCUCUCGGACAAUCCCAUGGCGGCGGUGCUUUCGCUUCUGAGUGCCUUCUUCCAGAGAUACACAACGGUCAGCGGGCUGGAUGGAAAGCUGCAGUUUGAGAAAGGCUCCGCAGUGUCAACCUUCCAGCAGAGCUUCCAAAAGCGGCCUUGCCACGCCGAUCUCAUUGUACUUGACCCCGAGUCAGAUGUGAACUUGGCACCACCAAUGUCGCCGGCAACCCAUAUUCUUCUUGUGCAUGAGCUUCUUCGUGCAAGGUCUCUUUUGAAGAGUGUGAUGAGUACCGGACAGUGCCAGCAUCUCCACUCGGUUUUUCAGCCG